AUGGGAGUUUUGCGGCCGAUCGGGAGGACGGAGCGGGCGGGCAGGAUGCAGAACCUGAUCCGGGCUCUGGUGGCGUGCAGCUGGGUGGCCGCGGUGUGCGUCCGCGGCGCCAUGGAUGAGUGCGCGGACGAGCAGGGCCGACCGCAGCGCUGCAUGCCGGAGUUCGUGAACGCGGCCUUCAACGUGACGGUGGAGGCCACCAACACCUGCGGCUCCCCGCCGGAGGAGUACUGCGUCCAGACCGGCGCCACCGGGGUCACCAAGUCCUGCCACAUCUGCGACGCGCGAGACCCCCGGAACCACCACAACGCCGCGUACCUGACCGACUACAACAACCAGCAGGACGCCACCUGGUGGCAGAGCCAGACCAUGCUGGCGGGGAUCCAGUACCCCAACUCCAUCAACCUCACCUUGCACCUCGGGAAAGCCUUCGACAUCACCUACGUUCGGCUGAAGUUCCACACCAGCCGUCCGGAGAGCUUUGCCAUCUACAAGCGGAGCAGCGAGGGCGGCCCCUGGGUGCCGUACCAGUACUACAGCGGCUCCUGCGAGAAGACCUACAGGAAGCCGAGCCACGGCUUCAUCCGGACCGGCGGCGACGAGCAGGAGGCGCUCUGCACCGACGACUUCAGCGACAUCUCGCCGCUCACCGGAGGAAACGUGGCCUUCUCCACGCUGGAGGGCCGACCGAGCGCCUACAACUUCGACAACAGCCCAGUCCUCCAGGACUGGGUGACGGCCACAGACAUCAGAGUGACCCUGAACAGGCUCAACACGUUCGGAGACGAAGUUUUCAACGACCCCAAGGUCCUCAAGUCCUACUACUACGCCAUCUCUGACUUCGCUGUGGGAGGAAGGUGUAAGUGUAACGGCCAUGCCAGCGAGUGUGUGAAGGACAGCGGGGGCCGGCUGGUCUGCGACUGCAAACACAACACGGAGGGCGUCGACUGCGGCGUGUGCAAAGCUUUCUACAACGACCGGCCGUGGAUGAGGGCGACGGCCGACAGCGCCAACGAGUGUCUGCCCUGCGACUGUAACAGGAAGAGCUCAGACUGCUACUUCGACGCCGAGCUGUACCGGGCCACGGGUCACGGAGGUCACUGUAGGAACUGCGCCGACAACACCGACGGGCCCAACUGUGAGCGCUGCCUCGACAACUACCACAGAGACCAGAGCGGCAACCGCUGCCUGCCCUGCAACUGCAACUCCAUCGGUUCUGAGUCUCCUCAGUGCAACACCAGAGGCGUGUGCGCCUGCAAACCCGGAGUAACCGGGGAGAAGUGCGACCGCUGCCAGCCGGGGUUCCACAGCCUGACCGAGGCCGGCUGCAGGCCUUGCACCUGCUCGCCGUCAGGCAGCACCCAGGAGUGUGACGUCAACACGGGUCAGUGCCGCUGUAAAGACAACGUGGAGGGCUUCAGCUGCGACAGAUGUAAACCAGGUUACUUCAACUUGGACCCCAACAACCCCCAGGGCUGCACGGCCUGUUUCUGCUUCCAGCACUCGUCUGUGUGCGACAGCGCCGAAGGCUACAGCGUCCACACCAUCAGCUCCACCUUCGACAGAGGUACAGAGGAGUGGAGCGGCCAGACGCGGGACGGAUCCACCGUCUCUGUCCAGUGGUCCCCCACCGGACAGGAAGUGUCCUUGAUGUCUGAAGACUACCAGCCGCUGUACCUGGUGGCCCCAGAGAAGUUCUUGAGGAAUCAGAUGCUGAGUUAUGGACAAAACCUGAGCAUGACCUUCCGAGUGGAGCGGCGGGAUGCUCGGCUGUCGGCCGAGGAUCUGAUCCUGGAGGGGGCCGACAUGAGGCUGGCCGUCCCGCUCAUCGCCCAGGGCAACGCCUACCCCAACGAGAACAUGCAGACCUUUGUGUUCAGGCUCCACGAACAGCCAGGCUACCCCUGGAGACCCACCAUCAGUGACUCAGACUUCCAGAAACUUCUCCACAACCUGACGGCCAUCAAGAUCCGGGGCACCUACAGCGAGCGGAGUGCUGGUUACCUGGACAACGUCUCCCUGGUGACGGCGAGGCGGGGCCCAGGAGUGCCGGCCCGCUGGGUGGAGCAGUGCACCUGUCCGCCGGGUUACCAGGGUCAGCACUGUGAGCAGUGCACCCUGGGAUACCGCCGCGCCCAGCGGGAGCUCGGACCCUUCAGUUCCUGUGAAGUCUGCAACUGCCAUGGACACAGCGACGCCUGCAACCCUGAUACUGGAGCCUGUCUCUGCCAGGACAACACUGCCGGGUUGAGCUGCGAGCGCUGCCAGGACGGUUUCUAUGGCGACGCCACCCAGGGCACGGCGGACGACUGCCGGCCGUGCCCCUGCCCCAGCGGAGCCACCUGCGCUGUCGUCCCCAAAACCAGAGAAGUGGUUUGCACCAACUGUCCUGCUGGAACCACAGGAAAGCGCUGUGAGCUCUGCGACGACGGGUUCUUUGGGGACCCUCUGGGUCAGAACGGGCCGGCCCGGCCCUGCCGCUCCUGCCAGUGCAGCAGUAACAUCGACCCCAACGCCGUCGGCAACUGCAACCGCGAGACGGGAGAAUGCCUCAAGUGCAUCUACAACACCGACGGCUUCUUCUGCGACCGCUGCAAGGCGGGCUUCUUCGGAGACCCGCAUGCCUCCAACCCUGCUGAGAAGUGUGCAGCCUGCUCCUGCUCUCCGCUGGGCACCGUGGAUCAGCAGACCAGCUGUUCUCCGGUCACCGGUCAGUGUCAGUGUCUGCCUAACGUGGACGGACGCGACUGCAGCGCCUGCCAGCUGGGAUUCUUCAACCUGCAGAGCGGCAGUGGCUGCGAGGAGUGUAACUGCAACCCAAUCGGCUCCACCAGUGGCGACUGUGACAUUGACUCAGGACAAUGCGAGUGCCAACCCGGCGUCGCCGGCCAGCACUGUGACCGCUGUGAGGUCAACUUUUUCGGCUUCAGCUCAUCUGGCUGCAAACCGUGUGACUGCGACCCUGAAGGUUCUCUGUCCGGUCAGUGUAAGGAAGACGGCCGGUGCGAAUGUCGACCCGGCUUCGUUGGAGCUCGAUGUGAUAUGUGUGAGGAGAAUUAUUUCUACAACCGGUCAGUGCCAGGCUGCCAGCAGUGUCCGUCCUGCUACGGUCUGGUCCGAGACAAGGUGAACCAGCAGAGACAGAAGCUCCAAGAACUCCAGACUCUGAUAGAUAACCUCGGCUCCGGCCAGGACACGGUCAGUGAUAAGGCCUUUGAGGAUCGAUUGAAGGAGGCAGAGAAGGUCAUCAUGGAGCUGCUGGAAGAGGCUCAGAAUAGCAAAGAUGCAGACCGAGGUCUGCUGGACCGUCUGAACGUCCUGAACAUCACCCUGACCACCCAGUGGAACCGACUGCAGAGCAUCCGCAACACGGUGGACGACACCAGCGCUCAGGCUGACCGCGCGCGGGACAGAGUCCAAGACGCCGAGAGACUGAUCGACCGAGCUCGGCAGGAACUGGCCAAGGCCAAGGAUGCCAUCAGCAAAGUGGACGUCAAACCUACUGAUGGCUCUGGAGAACCCAACAACAUGACGCUGCUGGCUGAGGAGGCUCGGCGUCUCGCCGACAAGCACAAGAUGGACGCUGACCAGAUCGAAAAGAUUGCUAAAGAUGCCAACGACACGUCAACCAAAGCAUACAACCUGCUGCUGAAGACCAUCGACGGCGAGAGCAAGAUGGCUGAUGAGAUUGACAAGCUCAACAAGAUGUACAACGAGGCGAAGGACCGGGCCAAGGAUCUGGAGCAACAGGCCAACAAGGUGCAGGCGGAGGCAGAGGACGCCGGGAACAAAGCUCUGAAGCUGUUUGCCAACCUGACCAGCCUCCCGCCGUUUGACACCAAGACACUGGAGGAUGAUGCCAAAAAGAUUAAGAAGGAGGCGUCUGAUCUGGACAACCUGAUUGACAAGACGGAACGGGAGUACAACGAGCUGCGAGACGACCUGAAGCCCAAAGAGCUGGAGGUCCGGAAGCUGCUGGAGAAAGGGAAGAGUGAGCAGCAGACUGCAGAUCAGCUGCUGGCCCGAGCCGAUGCCGCUAAAGCUCUGGCCGAGGAGGCGGCGAAGAAAGGCCAGUCAACUUUCAGAGAAGCAGAGAGCAUCCUGGAGGACCUCCGAGACUUUGACAGGAGGGUCAACGACAACAAGACAGCAGCAGAGGAAGCCAUGAAGAAGAUCCCUAUCAUCAAUGCCACCAUAAUGGCCGCCAACGAGAAGACCCGGCAGGCGAAGGAGGCGCUUGGUAAUGCUGCCAGUGAUGCUGGGGAAGCCAAGAGGAAGGCCGAAGAGGCUGAGAAGAUUGCAGGCAACGUUCAGAAGGGCUCGGCUAGGACUAAAGAGGAAGCAGAGAAGGCACUGCAGGACACAAACAAGCUGGACAAAGAUGUUGAUGACAUGAUGGAUCAGCUGAGCGCCGCGGAGGAGGAGCUGAAGAAGAAGAAGGCUGAGGCUGACAGCGACAUGAUGAUGGCUUCCAUGGCAUCGGAUAACGCCAAACAGGCUGAGGACAACGCUCGCAAGGCCAAGAGUACGGUGAAGACGGUCCUGAAGAUCAUCACAGAUCUAAUGGAUCAGCUGGGAAACAUUGAUAAAGUGGAUCUUAGCAAACUGAACCAGAUUGAUGAGUCUCUGAAGCGUGCCAAGGACAAGAUGGCCGGCAGCGAGCUGGACAAGAAGCUCAGGGAACUGAAUGAUGUGGCGAGCACACAGAAGCAGAUGAUCGACGACUAUGACCGGCAGAUCCGAGAGAUCCGCAGCGACAUCAACAACCUGAACGACAUCAAGGCGGCGUUACCCGAAGGCUGCUUCAACACGCCGUCGCUGGAGCAGCCUUAACCCCGCCCACAUCGUCCAUCCGCCCCGUUUCCUCCCACGCUCACAUCUAACACUCCGGCAAGCAUGCCGACUUUUACCAAAACAGUUCUUUCUUUGCCAACAUUUCAGCCGCGCCCAGUAGAGAGGCAGUUGCUGGUGACGUCGGUGUCGUUACAGUGACCUCCGCGGUGCAGGGGCGCUGGGCAGCGAGGUGGACGAACCUCGGAGAGACAACCAGAACCAUAAACCCAAUGUGACUGCAGCCCAUUGGCGCCUCGCCAUAUUUUUGUCUUCAACAUUUCAGAACACGUGAAGGAAUUCUCAGAUCCUCCUCCCGAAGCUACGCUCUCGAUACAGACAGCAGGGAAAAUAUUUCUAAUCCUCUCUUCUGCAGUAUUCACACCUCCAGCAGGUGGCAGUGUUUUGUAAAGUCACAUAAACUGCUGUGCGGGAAGCUGCCAAAGUCCCAGACAGAUAAAACCAAACCCAAACUCCUUCUCAUUUACAAUUUCCCACAUUUAAGCCUUGAUAGAAGCUGUGAAUUCUUUGGGAAGUAGAAAUGGCCGUUUUCCGUCACAGACAGAAACAAAACGUCCCACAAGCAGCUUCAGUGGUUCAGGCCCCAAAUCCGUUUAUUGACCACAAUAAGUAAAAGUUAAUGUUUGUUUUCAUAGUGAAACAUUUCAAAGGUUGGCUCUAGAUAAACAGCAAUACCUAAAAUUAAAGCCAUGGUCUGGUUUGCAUCACUUUGGACUAACUUAUCCUGCCAAACCUUUUAAUCAAAGCCAUCUUAGCAGCAGGUCUCCAGGUUUUGUGAAGGUCUUACAGAGUUUCUUAUUUGGCUUUUGCUCAUUUUUUAAGUGUAGUAACGUUUUACUGAUUCCAGCUGCUGAUUUUCUAAAAGUAAUAUUUAAAUAUCACUUUUAUUUGUCACAAUAAUUAGCAAUGAAACAUUUGUAUUAGUUUGGAGAGGUUAAUGCUGGCAAGCUAGGUUUUCAUGUUAGCUUGUCAAACAGCUGGUUAUCAUGUUAGGGUGAACACUACGUUUUUUUUUUUUGACAAUUCUAGUGUUAAAUUUAAAUGUAACUUUCAUUUCUUCAGUGCUGUCAAAGGAGGCGAUUAGCUUCACUUUGUAGCAUCACUUUUUCACAAUUAAUCAAAACUAACAUGCUAACCUCCUAUCUAUA